GUUCGUCUUCCCAGGAAAUGACGCGCACUAAUGACCUCGACGCUCUCAUGCCUCUCUCUAGAAACCCAUGGUCCAAUGCAUCGACCUUAAUCGAUAACAGCAAGGGAUCGAGCAGAAGCGAGUAGCAUUCACAUUUCCUGUACUGAUGCUCUCAGGCGUAAUCCAUGCAGACGCAAGGCCUCCACUCCAGUCCAUGAUGACAGUCCUCCUUCUUCCUGUCAUCCAUCAUCCAUCAUCCUCAUCCAACGUCGACGGUCUCCGCCGAAGCUGUCGAGUGUCUGUCUCAGGCACAGACACGAGGCUGUGCACAAGACAAGCUCUACUUGUAUCCCUGGCACUGCAAUCCCUUUCUCAUUCGCCAACCUUAUCGCCUCCAAAGAACCAAAUGAUGACCAACUCCAUCUUUGAUAUCCCAGAGAUCGACCUUCACAUCACCAGACACCUGGAGCCAGCCGACCUUGCCAGUGCCUGUCGUGUCUCUCACCAUUGGCUUGUACUCUUUGCAAGUGAGCUAUGGCGCUCGAUUGAGCUUGAUCAAGGGUCCCAUCGUGCCUUCCGCAGAGCUCUUCCGCGCUAUUUGCGCUUCGUCCGCGAGCCCCGAUGCUCCAAAACAUUCGAAUUCGGCUCGCUGGGUCUUUGCUUCACAGGACUAACGCUGUUCGGAGUCUAUUCGCUCGACCGCAGUAGUUAUUUGGCCGCUAAACAGAUUCUCCAACUCAAUUCAAAUAUCGAAAAGCUCACUCUGAGCUGCGCUAAUAUGGUUGGCGACACACCACUAAUGAUGGAGAUAAUCAGGGCCAUUGCGGAGAUGGAUAUGUUGAAGGAUUUAUCCCUAGUCCACUCCACGCCACCUCUUGGAGCGCUCACUUAUCUACUAGAGCAAUUGCCUUGGCUGAAGACGUUUCAUGUAAUGUCAACCGCAGCAACAAAGUCAGAGGCUUCCAUAAGAGACACAUUUGGACAAUACCCACAGUGCCAGUUACGUUCGUUGUUUAUUUGUAACUGUCAAGAUAAAUUUGAGGGUCUCCACAGGAUUGUUCAACACGCUUCUCUGCUCGAACUUCUUCCGUUCUCGGGGUAUAACUAUCUGAACUUUCAUAUAUUGCCUCAGGUGGAGCAGUUCUGCCGAGAUCUGCGAUCAAGCUGUCCACAUCUCAAUCAGCUUCUGAUCUACCGGACAGAGAUUAAUCUCAAUGCACUCGAAUGCCUGUUCACAGCGUUCCCAAGAAUGAAGCGGCUCGAGGUCGUGGAAAUUUUACCGUUGCACAAUAAUUUCCUAGCCAUAAUUCUCAGACAAGAAGCCCUUCGCAAGUCGCUGGAGGGCAUUGAGAUAACAGACUACUUCUACCCCCCUAGGCCUGUGUCUUCGCCUGAAGUACUGGAGCUCUUGAGGACAUUCAAGCGACUGAAGAGGGUUUCGUUGUCGGAAUGCGCCAUUGUUGCGGAGGAAUUGAUCCAGCAGGGAGUCGGGCUUCACAAAGAAAUAGAUCGCUCAAUCAAUCGAAAUGUUACACACCCCUAUCAUUUUUGCCGACAUGCGUAUAAAAUUCUGGGUCGCUUCUCAAAAACCGCAAGGAUCGGUGUCGAUUCUCGCACCGAUUCCUGGGCGAUCCAUAUUUAAGGGGUAUAUUCGAGCAGGAUCGUGUAACCUGAAG